AUGGAUACCGGUGAUCUUUAUAAAGCCGGUAGUAGUUUACGAGCACACAGUUCUUCGAUUUGGAGGGACAAUGCUAUUCAAGCAUUUUCUCGAUCUUCACGAGAAGAAGAUGAUGAAGAAGCUCUUAAAUGGGCUUCCCUUGAAAAGCUUCCCACUUUCAAACGAUUGAAGAAAGGUCUGUUGCAUGGAUCAACUGGUGUGACCAAUGAGGUUGAUGUAGAGAAUCUUGGGUUUGAACAAAGAAAGGCUUUGAUUGAGAGGCUGAUUAAAGUAGCAGAAGAAGAUAAUGAGCAGUUCUUGUUAAAGCUGAGGGAUCGAAUUGAUAGUAAUGGUUUUGUGUUCUUCCGUGGAAUUCUCAGAGUUGGAAUUGAUUUGCCUGAAAUUGAAGUUAGAUUCGACCAUCUAAAUAUUGAAGCAGAGGCUUAUGUAGGAGGCAGAGCUCUACCUACUUUCCUUAACUUCUGUGUUAAUAUAGUUGAGGGAUUCUUGAACAUUUUCCAUGUACUCCCUGGUAGAAAGAGGCAUGUAACUAUCCUCCAUGAUGUUAGCGGAAUCAUCAAGCCUUGCAGAAUGACAUUGCUUCUAGGUCCUCCAAGUUCUGGAAAGACAACACUCUUGUUGGCUUUGGCCGGGAAACUUGACCCUGAUCUACAGGUUUCCGGUAGGGUGACAUAUAAUGGCCACGGCCUGCAUGAGUUUGUACCCCAGAGAACUGCGGCCUACAUAAGCCAACAUGAUCUUCAUAUAGGUGAAAUGACUGUGAGAGAAACGUUUUCGUUCUCUGCUAGAUGCCAAGGGGUUGGAUCCCGAUAUG